AUGGCCGAUAACGUUCCCGCUGAGCCCUCAGCUGCUAGCCAGCUCUUGCAACAGCAUGCCACGCACCACGUAACGGUCGAGGAUGUGGUAGACGAAGAGCUCCCACCCAAGUCUGCUGCCAGCACUGAGGCUACCACCACGGAGUCUGCCCCCCCAGCAGCCGCACCAAAUCCUGCGAAGGCCAACAUUGCUACCCAGUCCCGUGAGCUUUUCCCAGAACUCGGGACUGCACCCGCUCCUGUUGCCCGUCCCACCGGUAUCUGGGCCAAGAGAACCGGUGCCAAUGGCACAAGCGAAAGCAAUGGCACUCCUACAACAUCUGCACCUCCCUCCGGUGCAACGACUCCUACUCCCCUGGCUGUCAGGGGCCCUGCGAAUAUCUCGAUCCCAGGCCGCAAUGUUGAGUACACGCUUUUGGAACCUCAACACGUGCUUCCUCGUGCCCAGCUGAAGAAACCCCUGCCAGACAUCGCCAAGGACUUUAACCGUAGGUCGCGGGCACCUAUCAAGGUCAGCACCAUGGCGGAUGGCAAGGUCAGGGUUGAGGCUACUGGCGCCCAGGAUAUUGCGACCCAGGCUCUGAAGGACUUCAUCAACCAGAUCGGCACUAAGCUCUCCAUCAAGGUGUCGAUUCCCCGUUCUACCAGGGCCCAUGUCAUCGGCAAGGGCGGUUCCACCAUCAAGGCCCUGCAGGAGAAGACUGGCGCCCGGAUCCAGAUGCCUAGGGUAGAGGAUGCUCCUGCGGCCGCUGAGGAUGAGGACGAUGACAGCACGAUCGAUGUUUUGAUCGAGGGCAACUCCCAGCAGGCUGCUGCUGCCCGUAACGCCAUUUUGAAGAUUGCUGGUGAACGGGCUGCCAACGUCAACACACGCCUCAAGGGCAUCCCUGCCGAGUUCUUUCCCUUCAUUGCCAAGAACGGCCUGAUCAGCAGCCUGGAACAGGGUAAAGAUCUUCAGGUCCAGGUGCCUUCGCACCCCGUCCGGGUGCCUCACCCGCCAGAGGCGCCUCAGGGUGGACAGCCUCCCGUCUUCUAUCCCGCUGUUGACAACUUCAUCCAGCUCACUGGUGAGCGCGAUGCUGUCAGGGCUGCCAAGGAGCAGAUUGAAAGACGUGCCGAGGAGCUCCGCCAGCAACUCGCCGUCGACCAGUUCUCUCUCAACAAGGGACGUCAUCAGUUCAUUGUUGGCGAUAAGGGCAUUCCUCAGGAUCAGUUCUUCGACCAGACCGGAUGCAUUGUUGUCUUGCCCGCCGACGAUGAGGACGAGACCGUCACCAUUAUCGGGCCUUCUGACAAGAUCACUCCCGCCUCCGACGUGGCUAUGGAUCUCGCUAUGAACAUGCAGAGCUCCAACCUUGAUAUCACUCGUUACUUCCGCCAGGUUCCUUCUGCUGCUGCCCAUGCCCGCAACGUCACCCGCUAUCUCCGCGAGAGAAAAGAGAUUGAGCGUCUGGAGAAGCUGCACCAUGUGCACUUCAACACUCCUUUCAAUGCCAACGGCGCUCUUCCUUGGGAGCUCUAUGCUCGUGAUGGCAAGAAUGCUAUCCGGGCUUCCAACGAAGUCAAGGGCAUCGUCGAGGGCCACCCUCCAGCCCGCAUUGCGACGGCUGCGGUCGACCCCUUCUUCCACGCCUACCUGCAGAAGGAGGCUAGACCCAAGGUUAGACAAGAUUAUGGUGUCCACCUUGUGAUCCCCCAAGGCUCUGAGGCCGACUCCCCUCUUCUUCUUGUCUACGAGGGCCGCACAAGCCCUGAUUCCUACGAGAUUCCUCGCGCUCAGCCCAGCCAGGCCGAUCUGCUCGAAAUGCAAAAGUGGCUCAGCGAGGCCCAAGCCUAUAUCACUGGCUUGAUCGCCAAGCAGGAUCCCUUGACUGCCGCUACCAUGGAAGUUCCCACCAAGUUCCAUGAGAAGUUGCGCAGAUUCAUCAAGAAGGAGCAGGAGAAUCGCCCCGAGAACCAGAUCCCUGUGCGCGUGUCGAACACUGGGUCGAUCAUCAACUUCCGAGGUCCUAGCUCUGCCGUGGAGUCGCUUGUGGCUAAGUGCCAGGCCUUCAUUGAACAGGAGAAGGAGGACGAGAAGGAGCGCGGGUUCAUCUUGGAGUUUGAAUUCCCCCAGAAGUUUGCCAACCACCUCAUUGGCAAGGGUGGAAGCAACAUUCGGGAACUCCGCGACAAGUUCGACGUUGAUAUCCAGGUCAAUGACGGGAAGGUUCAGCUCAAGGGUCCCAAGGCCAAGGCCGAGGCCGCCAGAGCUCAUAUCUCUGCUCUCGGCCGUCAGCUCCAGGACGAGGCUACUCACGUUUUGAAGAUCGAGCCCAAGUUCCACCGCGAGCUUAUCGGCGCCCAGGGCGCCCAGAUCAACCGUCUCCAGACCCGCUACAAGGUCAUCAUUAACUUCCCUCGCACUGCUAAGCCUGCCAAGGACGACGAAUCCGUUGCGGAUUCGAGCGAUGCCGGGAAGCACCGUCGUCAACAGGCCCCUGAUGAGGUCAUCGUUAGAGGUCCCAAGCGCGGAGCUGAUGAGGCCCGUGAUGAGAUUCUCUCGCUGUUGCAGUAUCUCAAGGAUACCUCCUUCACCGACUCUAUCACUUUCCAGCAGAAGCAGCUUCCUUCCUUGAUUGGAUCUGGAGGAGCUGUGUUGGAGCAGCUUCGCCAGUCCAGUGGUGCCAGGAUUGACAUCCCCAGCGCCAAGGAAGAUGCUGACGCUGAGGUUGAGAUCCAGAUCAAGGGUACCAAGGCCCAGGUUGCUGCUGCCAAGAAGGCUCUUCAGGAGAAGAAGGCCGUUAUGCCCUUUGAAAAAUGUUUACUGACGGUUACAGGUGCCAAUCUGCGGGACAUCGUCGUCAAGGCUGGCGGUUCCGAUGACCGCCGCGAGCUUGCCCGCGCCAUUCAAUUCCCCAAGCAGGAUACUGACGGAAACACUAUCAAGGUCGAGGGCCGCACCGAGGUUGUCGACAAGAUCAUUGCGCAGAUCCAGGCUAUUGUGUCGGAGCGCGAGAGCCAGGUUACCGAGGUUCUCGAGGUGCCUGUUGAGAAGCACAGAUCUUUGAUUGGCCGCGGCGGUGACAUCAAGCGCGGUCUUGAGAACCAAUUCAAGGUCUCGAUUGAUAUUCCUCGCCAGGGAAGCGGUCAGACUGGUGUCAAGAUUGCCGGCCAGGCUCCCGAUGUUGAGAAGGCCAAGGCUCACAUCGAGUCUCUGGUCAAGGAGCAGCAGGGCGAGACUGUGCAGGUUCCUCGUGCUCUCCACCACGCCGUCUCAAACAAUGGUCAAAUCUUCCGCAAGUUCAGAAACGAUUUCGGUGUUACUGUCGACCAUGCUGGCCAGGCCGUCCCACCCAGACCUGCGGCUCCAGAUGCCCGCUCCAACGGUGCCCUUCCUUUGAUCACUGACGACGAGGAAACCACUGCCGAUGCUCACUCCUGGAAGGUUGUCGAAAGCGGAUCGUCGUCCGAGGAGGGUGAGAUUCCAUGGGUCCUUCGCGGCUCCCCUGAAAGCAUCGAGAAGGCCAAGAAGGCCAUCGAGGCUGCGCUGGAACAGGCCAAGAAGCAGGAUGCCACAGGCUACUUAAUCCUGCCUGAUCCCCGCACGUACCGCUUCGUUAUUGGUCAGGGCGGCAGCAAGGUCAACUCCAUCCGCAAGCAGAGCGGUUGCAAGAUCACCGUUCCCCGUGACCAAGCUAAGGGUGAGGCCAUCGAGGUUGUUGGCAGCAAGGAGGGUGUUGAGAAGGCCAAGGAUUUGAUUCUGGCUGCCGUUAAGGAAGGUAUUGCCAGCAGAUCUGCGCCUAGGGAGCAGUAA